GAAGGGGGUCUUUGUUUGCGUUUCACGUUCGCGUCGCACGGUAUCAUCGCGGUCGCGCUCCAUCGUAUCUCCGAGACGGAAUGUGCCCGCAUAAGUGGAAGCGUGGGUCUCGCUCCUCCCGGUCGAUGUGAAAUGUGUAGUGUGCCAGGGUGGCGCCUUCAUCGAGUGCAAGUGCAGUGAGGUGCAGUGGUGUGUGCGAAGGAGCUUGUGUCGGUUCGGCCACGGCGAGCGAAGUGCGCGGAGCUGGCGGCGGCCGUUCGGCCAUGACUGGCGACAUGCCUUUGGGGAGCGCGCACGCGUUCGGGCGCGCGUUGCUCAGAGACGGGGCGCUGCCGCCGCUGGAGCCCGGCCCGCCCGCGCCCCCGCCGGCCGCGGCGCAGCCCCCGGACAAGCGCCCCCCGGCCGCGGCCGCCAGCCCCGAACAGGUCAUGAAGCUCUACAUGAACAAACUCACCCCUUACGAACACCGCGAGAUCUUCGACUACCCCCAAGUGUACUUCAUAGGCGCGAACGCCAAGAAACGGCCCGGGCUCGUCGGGUUCCCGAACAAUUGCGAGUACGACAACGAGCAGGGCUCCUACAUACACAUACCGCACGACCACAUAGCGUACAGAUACGAGGUGCUCAAAGUUAUCGGCAAAGGUAGCUUCGGGCAGGUCGUCAAGGCGUACGACCACAAGAAGAGAGAGAACGUCGCGCUGAAGAUGGUGCGGAACGAGAAGCGGUUCCACCGCCAGGCGCAGGAGGAGAUCCGCAUCCUGGAGCACCUCCGCGAGCAAGACAAGGACAACACGAUGAACGUCAUCCACAUGUUCGACUCGUUCACGUUCAGGAACCACACUUGCAUCACGUUCGAGUUGCUCUCUAUAAACUUGUACGAGUUGAUAAAGAAGAACAAGUUCCAAGGGUUCUCGUUGCAGCUUGUGCGCAAGUUCUCGCACAGCCUGCUGCAGUGCCUGCACGCGCUGAACAAGAACCGGAUCAUCCACUGCGACAUGAAGCCGGAGAACGUGUUGCUGAAGCAACAGGGACGCUCCGGAAUCAAGGUCAUAGACUUCGGCAGCUCGUGCUACGAGCACCAGCGGGUGUACACGUACAUCCAGUCGAGGUUCUACCGCGCGCCCGAGGUGAUGAUGGGCGCCCGGUACGGGAUGCCCAUCGACAUGUGGUCCCUGGGAUGCAUCCUUGCGGAACUACUCACAGGUUUCCCACUACUUCCCGGCGAGGAUGAGGCGGACCAGAUGGCCUGCAUCAUCGAGCUGCUCGGCAUGCCUCCUCAGAAGCUGAUCGAGCAGGGCAAGCGCUCCAAGAACUUCAUCAGCAGCAAAGGGCUUCCGCGGUAUUGCACGGCCACCACGCUGGCCGAUGGCACUACUGUUUUAAGUGGAGGAAUGUCGAGGAGAGGGAAGCCACGAGGUCCGCCAGGAUCCAAGAGCUUUGUGACAGCCCUCAAGGGCUGUCAAGAUAAGUUCUUUAUUGAUUUCAUUAGACGAUGCCUCGAGUGGGACCCAGAGAAGCGGCUAACGCCAGCGGCGGCUCUGCGCCACGCGUGGCUGCGCCGGCGCCUUCCGCGCGCGCCCCACGACGAGGAGCAGAACCACGUUAGUAUAGCGCACCACGUCAAACGACUCGCCCACGCUAAAUGCACAGACAAAUAGACGAGCGGGGGCGCGGUGGGGGGCGCGGCGGGCGCGGGCG